AUGAAAGCAUCAAAUUCUUUUCGGAACCCUUUAAUUUUAUACCCGUAUACACUGUUUAUCUCUCUCUCUCUCUCGACUCUUUUCUCUCGCACAAAUGCAAAGCGACUCCCACCAUUGAAGCAUAGAGCACUCACCCACCGGCCACCGCUCCGUCCCUGCCCCUGCAGCCAGUCGUUUCUGCCUGACCCUGACUGCCUUUCUUUAGUCUUUCCCACGCGCCGGCCAGUCGACUACUUGGACCGCCUCCAUGCGAGAUGCGACUGCAACAGCCGACGCCAGUGCCGGCGACCCGUCAAUCUCUCCGACAAUCAGUCAGGGGCGGACUCCAGUUCUACUGACUUGAAGGCAUUUCUAAUCUUGUUGAUUUUUCAUUUUGAUGAAAACGAUGUUGGGGAUGUUGAUGUUGAUGUUGAGGGUAUUGGAGACGUUGGAGAUGUUGAUGUUGGAGACGUUGGAGAUAUUGAUGUUGGAUUUGGGGGUAUUGGAGACGUUAGAAAUGUUGAGGAUAUUGGAAAUGUUGGGGAUAGUGGAGGAAAUGUUGAGGAUAUUGGAGAUGUUGGGGAUGUUGAUGUUGCACAGCUUCCCUCUGAUGCUGGAUUGAGAGUUCCAAUACAGAAUUAUGAUGUUAAUAUUCGAGAUGUGAUUCAAAGAGCAUAUAUGCAAAGAGGUCCUUGUCAGCCUCGCAAUCAUAUAUUUCCACUCACAAGAAUAGGUAAAAUAGACCGACGAUUUUGUGUUUCAUGGCAUAAUGAGCAUCCCACUUGGUUGGAAUACAGUAUAGCAAAGGAUGCAGCAGAUUCUCAAAUUGGAAAAAGAAAGAAUAUAAGAAAACGUGGUGGGGCUUCAAGUAGUGCACACAAUCAAGCUUGGGUCAAAUAUGAAUUGUUCAAGAAUCAAGAACAAAGUAUUCGAUCUUGUCUCGUUAAACAAUCGCAUCAAGCUCGAACAAAUUAUCAAAUCCGAUUAAAUGCUUCAAUUGAGUGUGUUCGAUUUCUUCUACGACAAGGGAUGGCAUUUUGUGGAUAUGAUAAAUAUGAAGAUUUAAACAAUCAAGGAAACUUUUUUGAACUAUUGCAUUGGUUGUGUGAUCAUAAUCCUGAGAUUAAGGCCGUUGCUUUGACAAAUGCACCUGAAAAUUUGAAAUUAACAUCACCAAGAGUGCAAAAAAAUAUUGUAAGUGCUAUUGCUUCUGAAUGUCUACAUGUGAUUAUCGAAAAUGUUCGUGAUAGUUUCGUCUCAAUUUUAGUUGAUGAAUCUCGAGACAUUUCUGUGAAAGAGCAAAUGUCAGUUGUUAUUCGUUAUGUGAAGAAUGGGUGUAUAUUGGAACAUUUUAUUGGUGUCAUUCAUGUUUUGAAUACCACAGCUGCCUCACUUAAGGUUGCAAUUGAUCAAUUAUUCUCAACGCAUAGCUUAAGCAUAUCUAAUUUGAGAGGUCAGUGA